UGUACGCGCGAUAAAUUAACAAACUAGAUCAAAAUCUCAAAUUUGCACUUAAAAUUUGCUUUUGACAAAUCUCCAAUAUGAGUAUCAUCAGUCAGAUACGAAAUUUUUGUCUUCGUAACGAAUUAAAUAGAUCAAUGAAAAUAAAUGCAUAUUAAAGGGCAAUAUGUGUUUAGUUCUAAGUUGACACGAUUUAUGGCGCUUGCGCAGAUAAAUUACAAAAUUCAAGUAUCAUAAUGACAAAUAACACGAGAUAUUUGGGAUAUUAUAAUAACAUAAAUAAAGAAUAUUUAACAGAUGGAAAUGAUAGUCAUCAUGCACCAUCAGAUCAUACAGUAUCUGAAUAUAUUGUAUCUACUGACCAUGCUACAAUGAUGAAAUCAACAAAGAAAGACCAUUCAGACAAAUAUGAAAAGGAAGAAGGGAGACAAUUGCGAAAUAUACACAAUAAUCGUGGUUCAAUAUUAUCUGGAUCUUCAAAACAUAGUCUUCAUCCUCUUAGUAAAAGUACUUCACAUGGUAGCAUAUGUGACAAUGGUUCAGAUAUAUAUGUUACAAGUGCUGCAUAUAGAACAACUUCAGAUAUAAGCCACGUGUCACAUCAUAGUCUAACACCAAGUUCAAGAUUAGGACAUCGCGCACCUAGUCAUUGUAGUUAUGGUUCUGCAAAAUCAGUAAAAUCUCAUACAUCAAGAAAAGAUGGUAUUAUUAUAGAAACCAUGUCGACACCUAAUCCUUUUUGUCCAAAUACCAAAGGAGUUUGCUGUCUUAUGUUACUCCUUAAUCUCGGUUUAAUUCUUAUUGCAUUAGGUUUUGUUAUAGUAAUUCAGUUUUUUCAACCACUAAUAGUCUGGAUUCUGGGAAUAGUUUUUCUUAUCUUUGGAUUCUUAACAUUGAUAGGAAGCCUUAUAUAUUGCGUACAUGUAUUUCGAAAUGCAAAACAUCCACAUGAUAUCAACCCAGAGGAUCUUUAUUGGACUCGAUAUUGGCAAGGACAUGUAGGUUCAGCACCUGAAGUGUACUAUAAGGCAGAAGAUAAAUAUCAUGACGAUGGAUAUAGCGAUCGUUUGAGCAAGUAUUCACAUAAAUAUUAUGAUCGACAAAGAUAUUAAAGAAGAAAAUAUAUACUUGAUGUAAAUGUGAACAUAUUCAACAUAUGUAUAAUAAUGUAGCAUAAUUUAUGUAUGAAUUAAUCUCAAAACAAAAGAAAUGUAUAUUAAAAUAUAUACAUUAACCAUACUAACAUACUGAAAA